AUGAGAGCACGUUCUGAUUCUGCCAUCAUUCGCGCACGUUACUCAUCAGAAGUAAGUGGAGUUAAUCGUUUCAGACAUUUUCAUACACCUAUUAUCUUAUCUGACAGACAAAAAAAUAAAUCAGACAUGUCUUCACUUUAUGAAAAUUUGCCGUUACUUGAAAAGAAAAUUAAAAAAAAUAGUCGUGUUUUAUUAGAAAUUGCAAAACCUUGCCAAGAAUGUAGUGAAACAUCACAAAAAGUUUCAAAUUCUCAUUUACCGUGUUUAAUUUUACAUCCUAAAAAUAAACAUAUUUCUAGAGAUAAAAUAGCUGUUGCAAGUGAUAUUAAUUCUUAUGACUAUACAUAUAAGAUUAAAUCUACAACCAAAAAAUUACAUUCCUCUUCAAAUAUUAUUUUAAGUGAAGAUAGUUUUGGUUCUAGUCGUACACUUCCUAAUGCAUCAGAUUAUGAAAGUGGAAUAAGUAAAAGUUCAAGUUUUUCAAAUAAUUCUUCAUUACUAUCACCAAAUUCAAUUUUUACAAGUAUGGAAAAAAAUAGUUAUAAACUAUUUGAUAACAGCACAAAUUCAUCAUUAUAUAGUAAAGUAUCAAAACCAGAUGGAUUAUUAAAAGUCUCAAAUAUAAGAAAUAUCCCUACAAAUCAAUCAUUUUUACCAGCAUCUAAUAAUGGAGUAAUACCCAGAAGACUUAAUUUAUUAAGUAACAAUUUAAGUUAUACAAAUAACGAAGGAUUAUCUAUUGAUAAAGCUCAAUCAAAACCAUUACUUACAAAACAAAGUAAAAGAAAAUUAAAAAACUUAAAAAAUGAUAUGAAAAGUUUUUCAUCUGAUAAUUUAACAGCAAUUAAUGAUAUAAAAGAUUACCAAUUUGAAAGAGAUGACAAUAUUGUUAAUUAUAAAAUGAAAAAAAAAAAUUUGGUUGAGAUUGGAACACAAACAGAUAAAGUUCGUUUUAAAAAAGAUAAGAAUGGUCUCAAAAAAAAGAAAAAACAAAGUAAAACUAAUAUGUCGAUGACAACAUCCGACUCGGGAAUCCAAACAGAAGUGUCAAGUAUAAUUCAAAUAACAAAAGCAUCCCAAACAUCUUUGAAUCCUCCACAAGAUAACCAUUUUAAGACGGAUGUUGACUAUGCUGAUGAAUAUUAUCAACUUGAUUUAUUUAAUGAAUUUACAAAAGCACUUAGUGAGACAAUUGAUUGUGAUUCUAGUAAAAAUCUUGCACACAAUAUAUUAGCAUCAAUCAAAGAAAAAGGAGAGGCAUGGAAAUAUGCAAAAAAAUUUGUAUCAACAAUUCUUAUUCCUCAAUCUGUUUCAUUAGCAAAUAAGGCACAAUAUAAUAAUAAAAUGUAA